AUGAAGAAUUCUGGAAAUCAGCCUACAAAAACUGAAUUAUUUGAAAAUACAGUCUCACACAUUUCAAAGUUUUCCUGGAAAACUAGUGAAGGGAAAAAUUUGAAAUUUUUGCAUGUGAAGAAGAAAACUAGAUCAUUUUCCCAAAAUUUCAAAUUUUUCCAUUGGAAAAUAACAUGACGAAUCUUGGAAAUCAGCCUACAAAAACUGAAUUAAUCGGAAGACAGUCUCACACAAUUCAAAGUUUUCCUGGAAAACUAGUGAAGGGGAAAAAUUUGAAACUCUUUGCAUGUGAAGAGGAAGGUAAGAAGUUC